AUUCUCCACCUGAAACUUCCAUAACCAGCUCUCUCAAGAAUUUCCAUAGCUUCAAACGACUGAGAAAUCAUUCUUCAAGCUAUGAGUGCAAGAGCUCUCUUCUUCUCUCUCAUCCCUCCUCCAUCUCACUCUUCUCCUUUCAAUUUCCAUUCCAGGAAGACAUCUUCCUUUGAAAUCAACUCCACCAACUCUCACUUACAUUUUCAUCUCCGUUUCCCUUUCCUUUCUCUAGAUCGUUCCCAUUUUUGUUCGGUUAGAAGAGGGUUUUUGAAAUUGAGCGCGAAAACCGUGAAAUCGGACCCGUUUGAUGUUAAUAUUGACUCGGUUUCAGAAUCUGUGCUAACGGACGACGGGGUUGGAGAUUUGGAACUCGUUAUUGCGCCUCCGUGGUGGGAGGAAUUCCCUAGGAGAUGGGUUAUAGUCGUCCUUUGUUUUUCUGCUUUUCUUCUUUGCAAUAUGGAUAGAGUGAAUAUGAGUAUUGCGAUACUACCAAUGUCACAAGAGUACAAUUGGAGUCCAACUACAGUUGGUUUAAUACAGUCUUCAUUUUUCUGGGGAUACCUUCUUACUCAGAUUGCUGGAGGUAUCUGGGCAGAUACAGUGGGUGGAAAGCUUGUAUUAGGAUUUGGUGUAGUAUGGUGGUCUAUUGCCACAGUUCUAACACCUAUUGCUGCUAAGCUUGGCCUACCCUUCUUACUUGUUGUUCGUGCUUUCAUGGGUAUCGGCGAGGGUGUUGCUAUGCCAGCUAUGAACAAUAUUUUGUCAAAAUGGGUUCCUGUUGGAGAAAGGAGUAGAUCAUUGGCAUUGGUUUACAGUGGAAUGUAUCUUGGAUCUGUCACUGGUCUAGCCUUUUCGCCAUUAUUAAUACACAAGUUUGGUUGGUCAUCUGUCUUUUACUCAUUUGGAUCUCUUGGAGUUGUUUGGUUUUCAUUAUGGCUAAACAAGGCAUACAGUUCACCUCUUGAUGAUCCUAAGCUGCAGCCUCAUGAGAAGAAGUUAAUUCUUGGUAAAGGUGGAUAUAAGGAACCUGUGAAAACUAUCCCAUGGGGAUUAAUAUUGUCCAAACCACCAGUAUGGGCUUUGAUAGUGUGCCAUUUUUGUCAUAACUGGGGCACUUUCAUCAUUCUCACAUGGAUGCCAACUUAUUAUCACCAGGUCUUGAAGUUCAAUCUUACGGAAUCUGGACUGAUAUGUGUAUUACCAUGGCUUACCAUGGCAUUUUCUGCAAAUCUUGGAGGAUGGAUUGCUGACACUCUUGUCAAGAAUGGUAUGUCAGUAACAUUAGUUCGAAAGAUAAUGCAAUCGAUUGGAUUCCUUGGGCCUGCAUUUUUUCUGACCCAGUUGAGCCACAUCGAUUCUCCUGCAAUGGCUGUUUUAUGCAUGGCAUGCAGUCAGGGAACUGAUGCAUUUUCGCAAUCUGGUUUAUACUCCAACCAUCAAGAUAUCGCUCCUCGCUAUUCUGGAGUAUUACUUGGUCUAUCGAAUACUGCAGGAGUAUUGGCGGGUGUAUUUGGGACUGCAGCUACUGGUUACAUCUUGCAACAUGGUUCUUGGGACAAUGUAUUCGAGGUAUCAGUGUGUCUAUAUCUGGUUGGAACAGUGAUCUGGAAUUUAUUUUCAACUGGUGAGAAAAUAGUGGAUUAGGAAUGCAGACAGACCUGGCUUAUUGUUAAACCAAUUUUGGAAUGUGAAAUUACUUGGCAAACUUAAUCAAAUGGCGUAGUAUCUGAGAUGAACUAAACUCGCCCUCAAGAGGAUCUCGUUUGUUGAUCAAGUAGUCAAGGAGACUUAUUCUUAACUUGAAGAUCGAAGAAGAAGAUUUGAACAUAAAACUAGAUAGUUGGUUUACCAAAAUUAUGUUGAUAUAUUGUGUAUAUAUGGCUAGCUAAGUCCUAUUCAAACAACACAAUAAAUAUUUUAUGGAAUUUUUCAAAUAUAGUACAUAUUUUUGGUUUAUUUU